AUGACAAAGAAGAAAAAGUCAAAUACAACAAGAUCUGCGUCUUCCACAGCUAACAAUAAUGCAAUGACCGCCACAAAAGACACCACCACCGAUAAUAACACAUCCUCGCCUGUAGCCAAAACUGAGAAUCAUCACCAUAAUGCAGAAACAAAACCAAAUCAAUCUACGUUCACUAAAAAAUCCUCGACUUCACGAGCACAGUCAAGCGGUAACGUGGCACCCUCCACAGACGCAGGCACCACUUCACAAAGUGGUGGUGGUGGCGUAGACGAAGAACAACAGUCUGAAGAACAGCAAAAAGGAUUCAAAGGGAAAGCAAAAAAAGAUAUGCAAGACGUGGAAGGAUAUCAUGCCGAGAAGGCUGAAAGUAUUGAUGAAACGAAAUUAGAUCAGGCAUUGACAUUUGUGAAAGAAGAAAGUCAGAAACAAAAAGCGCAAAAACUACAAAAGCAACAAGAACUUGAAAAGAUUUCUGAAAUGCAAGUGACACAACAAGUUGCCGAUCGAAUUCUACGCGAAAAUCAGGGUGAUGUUGUGGCAGCGUUGAAAGCAAUUAUUCUUGCCUAA